AUGUCUUCGAGCAGUGUUUUACAGGUUGCAGAGAGAGACCCAACAGGGCAAUACGUAAGGUACAAGAAGUUGUUAGGAAAAGGGCUUCGGAAAAGAGUUUACAAAGGAUUUGAUGAGAUAAACGGCAUAGAAAUUGCUUGGAGCGUGGUAGUUUUAGAAGAUGAAAUAUUAAACUCUGCUUCAAAUCUUCAUUAUUUGAUUGCAGAAGCUGAAUUGAUGAAGUUGUUAGAUCAUGAAAAUAUAGUGAAAUGCUAUCAUUUUUGGAUUGAUUAUUCAAACAGUAAAAUUCACUUGAUUACUGAGUUUUUUUCAUCAGAGACUCUGUUACACUACAUCGUCAAACACGUUCCUGUAAAUCAUACAUCAACCAAGAAUUGGUGUAGACAGAUUCUAGAAGGGUUGAAUUAUCUUCACAGUCUUGAUCCUCCAAUUGCUCAUCGUGAUGUUAAGUUAUUAAACAUCUUUGUUGAUGGAAAUUCUGGUACGGUUAAAUUGGGUGAUUUUGGUUUCGCAAAGUUAAUUGAACCAGGGAGUAGUGCACACGGUUAUUAUGGUACACCACCGUUCAUUGCACCAGAAAUUUUCCAAGGAAAUUAUAAUGAGAUGGUUGACAUUUAUUCUUUUGGGAUGUGCGUAUUACGGAUGAUCACUCGAAAAAUGCCUUACAAAGAAUGCAGAAACAUGAAUGAGAUCUACAAAAAGAUUAUGGCUGGUGUAAAGCCUGAUAUACUAAACACUGUGACAAAUCCACAGAUUAAGGAGUUUCUUGAUAUGUGUCUUGCUCCUGAAUCUUUCAGAUACCCUGCAUUUGAGCUUUUGAAGCACCCGUUUGUUGCAGUUGUGAGUCAAGCCGAGUCAAGUAUGAGUCAAGCCGAGUUAAGUCUGAGUCAAGUCACGAGUGCUCAGGUGGAUGGAUUACGGCAGCUUGUGAAGGAGAUGAAGUGUGAGGACAAGAUAUUCAAAUUAAAAGGGAGUAUGAAGCGGGAUGUUAUUGUACCAAUGAGUUUGAGUAUUGUUUAUACUGUUGGAGUUGGAGGUAGGUAUAAGGUUGAAAAUAAGAUGAAGUUUGAGUACCCAAUGGGAAUGGAAACAGGUAACAUUGAUGAGUUUGUCAAGGAGAAGAUUGCUACACAACUGAAGUUGUCAAGUGAAGAUGUUGCAGUGGUUACUGAGAUAAUAAAACAACUAAGAACAGAACUAAUGGUCCUGCAUUAUCAACCUGAUACUACUACUGUUAAUCAGAAGUUGAUGUCAGAGGAAUUAGAUUAUAAUCUUGGCAACUUAUUUGCUGAGAACCCAUCUGAUGUUGAAUAUGAUGCUGAUGAUGUGGAAUUAGAUUAUAAUCUUGGCAUCUUAUUUUCUGAGAACCCAUCUGAUGUUGAAUAUGAUGCUGAUGUUGAAUAUGAUGCUGAUGUGGGUUUGGAAGUGUAUGAUGAUGAUGAUGAUAAUCCCAUAGCCAGGCUGAAUAGGAUACGUGAGAUAUUGAAUCAGCGAAAUUUUCCGACAUUAUCUUACUUCCAGUCCAAUGGAGAUGAAGCUGAGGCUGAGAAUAAUGGAAUUCUUAGUUGUUUAGGGAAGCUGCUGUCAUCCGUUUGCAGCAACCCAGAGCCCUAA